UUAUUCUCGACAGCUUCAGAUCUCGGUCUCCGCCAGCCAUGACACAGUAGCAAGCUGUUUCACCGGGAUACACUUCUAGCCUGUCACUCGUUACAGCUACCGAGAGAAUUCCUAAUCCACCAUGGCUCUCCUUUCGUCCAAGACCUUGAUUCAGGCUCAUGCCUUGUUUCUGUUUGUGCUGGCCGUGUACCUCACAAGGUCACCAGAGGUCGUUACCGAAUCCGAUGUCGUCUUUAUGCUGGGGGAGUUCUUGAAUCUGGAUGCGUCCCCAAGUCUUUCCCGUCCUCAGUCCCCUUUCGCCCUAUGCGGUGUCCUCCUCAUCGUCGAUGCCCUCGUCGACCUCAUUCUCGUGACCAAGGUCCCGCAAAUCAACGAAAUCAUCGCCAUGGCUCAGGCCGCCAGAAUACAGUCCCCUAUUCCCGUGGCAGGAGCCAUACGCACGAACCCUUUUAUGGCGCGCCUGUCCUCACUCUACUCGGAGAUCUGGACUCUACUAUCCGCCUCUCGCUUCUGUGUCUUCUUUGCCGUUUCCUUUUUCAUCUAUCAGAGUCAACCGGCGGCCUGGGGCAUGGAUGCUGCAAGCGUUAUGGGUAGCUAUGGGACUGCGGGCGGAGCUGCGUCGGGUCUGGAUCAGCUGAAAAACAGAGUGGUUUUUACGUACGGUUUCAUGGAGAUGAUGUUCUGGCUAUGGAUCUUUAUCACGCUCCGGGAAGAGCGACAGGAAGCGGCUUCCCGAUUUGUGGAACACGACCGGUAGACAGCACUGUACCUUUGCAGCCAUGUGUGCAAGGUAGCGCACAUAUACUUGGAAACAAUACAAUAAGAGACAACAAGAGAUACUCCAUAUCUUUUUGGCGCGAGUAUCAUACAAUCAAACAUCUUACUAUUGGCUGCAAGGUUCCACGCGAUUCGGACAGCACUCAUGGAGAGAAAUUAUUCGUAAGAUGCUGAAACUUUUUUGCAGUCCAGAAUAUAGGAGGGAACCGAGAUCCAUUCCCACAGCCUACAAGCAUAA